AUGGCGUCCAGUAUCGAAUUAAACCUUGAACACCAAGAACUAGUGUUUCGUUCAGGAGAAAGGAUUCGUGGUGCUCUGGUAGUACAUUUACAGAAUCCGGUAACAAUAUCAGGUGUUGAACUAAGGUUUAAGGGUAAUGCUAGAGCUAAAUGGAGAGAACAUGCUCAUGAAGGGUUAAGAAGAACUGAGGUAGAGCACGAAAAAGAGGAAAUUUAUUUUGAUGACAGAUUCUGUUUAUGGGGAACAGUUACAGAUGAAGGUGGUUGGGUGAGUCGAGAAGUGCUAAAAAGAGGGCGCCAUUUAUUUCCAUUCCAGUAUAAACUACCAGAAAGUAUACCCUGUUCAUUUGAAGGUCCCGAAGCCAGUGUCAGAUAUACUGUGUUGGGUAUCGUUCUCAGAACAUCUGGUGAUAAUUUAACAACUCAAAAACAUUUUACUGUUCUUCGCGAGUUAGAUACCAAACGAGAUGCCGAAAAACGAACCCCAUCGCCUAGACAUGCCCUAGAAGACCAUGCUGAAAGAUCUUUUAGUUCAGUCUGUUGUCGUCCUGGUAGAGUUACCUGUUCCUUAUCUGUUAUAAAACGUGCCUAUGUGCCAGGGGAAACCAUUCAUAUAGAUGUACAACUUCACAACAUGUCAAUGAGAAAAUCCGGCCACUGUGAUAUUCAACUGAAACAGUUGUUAACAUACGGGGAUACAUAUACUGCAGCAGUAGUUUUAGAGGAGGUAGAAUUGACAGAUGCAAUGAGACCUGGUCAACGUCGUCAUUGGAAAGAUUUCUCUAUACAUAUACCACCGACUUGUCCUUCUAGAUUGUCAAAAUGUCGAGUUAUUGAUGUUAGAUAUUGUGUAGCGUUGGAAGCUCAUUUCCCUGAUGCUAUUUUAUAUGCUGCUGUUCCAGUUACUAUUACUACAAUACCAGAAAAGGGAGUUAUACCUGUGAAAUGGAGCUAUCAAGAGCAUCAAUGUCACACAAACCACGAAAAUGGAAUUUUAUCAGAUAAAGACAAUAUUUGUAAAUUCAGACCGAAAUAUAAAUACUACGACGAAUUACGUGAUGUAAGAAGAGAAAAACAUUAUAUUCUAAAACUACGACAGAGUCCAAGUAUACGACGAAAACAGCUAAUAGAAAAGGCCGAACUUUCAGUGACUAGUAAAACCGACACAAGUUGUGAAGUUGUUGGUGAUUCUCAUGCUUGA